AUGGGCCAUGGGUUAUUUGCAUCAUCUCCUGUGGUACCUACUCUGGCAGUUGACCUUUGUGUACUGGAGUUUGUAAAGAAGCUCUUUGUCCAGCUAACCCCAAACACAACUGCAUGGUGUGAAGCACUUGAAAGCUUCCUGGAUGGUCAAGGGUAUAGACUGCAGUUCAAGGACAAUCUCUGGUGGCAUUUCAGUAAUGCUUAUCAUUGGUAUACUGUAUUGACAAUAUAUGUGGAGGACCAUAUUUCUGCUAUGGUCCAGUCCUUUUGCCCAAACUCCAUGCCACAGCAAGAUAGCCCCUGGCCAAGUGACUACCCAUGUGCUCACUGUCCUCUUUGCUUUGGGGGAGGUGACUUACAGAGCUCUAACCCUCCUCAGGAUGACUUUGACUGCAUUGUCUGCUUAGAUGCAUGUUUCACUCAGAAGAGAACCAACAAAUCUGCCACUGAUGACCCUCCCAAUCCCACCAGCACUGUAUUCAUCCCUGAGUCAGAGGACAGGUUGGAGGAUGGAAUGAGGGUACCUGCCUCUGUGUUGGAUGGGUGUGGAGGUUCUUUCCAUGCAGCAGAUGAGAAGAGGCAAAAAGCCAGCACACAAUUUUUUUCAGAUACAGGGCUUAUGGCUUUGUUGUGUCAUCAUGAUCAUGUCCUCUGGUUGGUUAAUAUGACAUCAGCAGGGGAAAAGCAGCACUAUGCCCUAGUGCUGGUGAAACAGUCUCAGUGUUAG